UUUUAGUAAGUUACGCUUUUCGGAAUUUAUACGACUACAUUACAGUAAAAUCAGGUCUCGUUUAUCUAAAAUGUCGUUGGAUUUAGUUAAACAUACUGGUGGUUGCCACUGUGGUGCUGUGAGGUUCGAAGUCAUGGAAACUUCUAUCAUCUAUGCGAUCGAUUGCAACUGCAGUAUUUGCUACAUGAAAAGCAACGCUCACUUCAUUGUUCCUUCCUCAAGCUUCAAACUUUUAAAAGGAAGUGAAAAUCUUACUACAUAUACAUUCAACACACACCAAGCGAAGCACACAUUUUGCAAGAUUUGUGGAGUGCAAAGCUUUUAUACACCAAGAUCUAACACAGAUGGUUACGGAAUUAACCCACGGUGCAUAGACAAAGGAACAAUUCAAAAAAUUAUUUCCGAAAAUUUUGACGGAGACAAAUGGGAAGCUUCAAUGGAAAAAGAGAAAUUAAAAGAUGCUCCUAUUACUGAUAGAUCAAAAUCAAAAAAACUUUAAGUUUUUUUUAUAACGUGUGUUAAAAUCAUAAAAUGUCACAUCAUGUAUUAUCAUAUAAUUUGUUUUAAUACCCUUUUUGCUAUAUUACUUAAUACUUUUACUUUACUGCGAUCCAACCGUGUCUAAUAACGUUAUAAUUAAUAAUUGCUUUGCAUUGUUUACUUAAUACCACAUAAAAAAUAUAUCCAACUCAAUUAUGAAGUAUUCUCAAUGGUGUUUUUAUACCAACUGAUAAUUUUUCUAUUACUCCUGUUUUAACUAUCAUUCUUUUAACCAAAAUAUUUGGUUAAAAGAUAAUUCUAAUUCUAGUUUUAACUUGAUUACUCUACUAGAAUGUAACUUCCUUUAUUUUCCGCUUAAUCGAAAAUUGACAGUUGUUAUAACACAGGUGUUCUGUUUCAUACACCUUGCUCCAGCUU